AAAAAAACAAGCUGCGAAGUCUCAGGAACCUACUCAAGAAAUCAUGGAACCUGAAAUGGAGGAACCUGAAAUAGAAAAACCGUCAAUUGACGAAAUCAAUAUUUCGAAAAAAAAUUUAAAAUCGCAAUAUCAAGAUAAAACACGUAAACUAAGUGUGGCAGCAGUAGGACACAUAAGAGAAGACGUAGAGGCACAAGGAAAGAUAUUCCAGGAUUACAUACAGGCAGUAAACGAAAUCGAAGCAAAAGUACGAGGCAAAAUUUAUUCAUUUGAUGAUGAAUAUGGGGAUAUCAAAAGAUGGAUAUUAAAAGAAUUAGAAUUAUUCAAGGAUUUAAAAUUAAGAUACGAACAGGCAGACGCACAAGAAACACAAGGAGCACAAUAUCGACUAGGAACAGUCACGGAACGAGAGAUAUUUGACGAUCAGGAAUUAAAAGAAGAAUGGAUGGAUAAUGAUAAACCGAAAUGGUCACAGAACAACUAG